UAUGGUUUGGUGUCGGAGAGCAAGGUGUUCUGCUUGGCGAGGAGCGUUGCAAUGGAGGAUGACAGGGAGAGCGCAGGAAGGUUGGGAAGUGUGCAGGUGUUGGGUGUUGGCUGCGUGUUGGUGAGGAUGAUGGGUAUAAUAAGAGGCGCUAGACACAUACCAUCCGAGGAGUGUGAGGACGUGAGUCAGAAGAGCACUGUGAGUAGUCCGUUCGCCGAAUUGGCUUUGGGUGUUCAGUGGUGGGGUAGCUGGCAUUUUUCGCUCGUUUGCCAGCGGUAUGACGGUCAGGAUGAUUUGAACGUGUUUUGGAUGAAAUAUGAUCUUGUGCGGUGGCCAACAGAGCGCAUCAAUCUUGGGAAGUGUGGAGGCGUUAUGUGUUGGGUGCAUGAUGGAGCGGGUGAAUCGAGUCUUCACGGGAGCAAGCUACAUAUAAACUGCCCGGACGCGCGCAAGGUUGACGAUGGAGACAUCGAGGUGUUGGGUGUGUACAGGAGAAGGUAA